CAGCAGAGCAUCGCAAUAGCAGCAAAUUCAGCUAACCGUUUCCCAUAAUCACACAACGAUCCAAAUCUCCAAAAUCUCACCGUCGCCGAGAAAUUUUCUCCCGGGAAAAAUUGCAGCCAUGGCGGAGCAGAAGACGAAGAUUCUGAUCGUCGGAGGAACAGGGUACAUAGGCCGGUACGUUGUGGAAGCCAGCGCCAAGGCCGGCCACCCUACUUUCGCUCUCGUCCGCCAGUCCACUCUCACCAGCCCCACCAAAUCCAAAACCAUCGAUUCCUUCAACAAGCUCGGCGUCAAAUUCCUCAUCGGGGAUCUGACGGAUCACGAGAAUCUGGUGAAGGCGCUGAAGCUGGUGGAUGUGGUGAUCUCCACCGUCGGCCACGACCAGCUGGCCGAUCAGGAAAAGAUCAUCUCCGUCAAGAUCAUCGCCGCCAUUAAAGAAGCUGGAAACGUCAAGAGGUUUUUCCCAUCGGAGUUUGGGAACGAUGUGGAUCGCGUCGAAGCAGUUGAGCCUGCGAAAUCGGCUUACGACGUUAAAGUCAGAAUCCGGCGAGCUGUUGAGGCCGCAGGGAUUCCGUUCACCUAUGUCUCCUGCAACAGCUUCGCCGGCUAUUUCCUCAGCAACUUGGCUCAGCCCUCCGGCGACGUGCCUCCCAGAGACAGAGUCAUCAUCUUGGGAGAUGGCAAUGCCAAAGAAACCCAGUUUGUCAUUUUUUGUGCUGCAGCAAUUUAUAACAGGGAAGAUGACAUUGGAACUUAUACGAUUAGAGCGGUGGAUGAUCCGAGAACGUUGAACAAGCUUGUGUACGUAAGGCCGCCUAAGAACAUCUACUCGUUCAAUGAUCUGGUGGGUUUGUGGGAGAGGAAGAUUGGCAAGAACUUGGAGAGAGUUUACAUUCCUGAAGAACAGGUUCUGAAGCUCACUAGAGGAGAUGUGAUGAUGGCGCUUAAGCACUCGAUUCUGGUGAAGGGAUGUCAGACCAGCUUUGAGAUCGAGGAAUCAUUUGGAGUCGAGGCGUCGAAGCUUUACCCAGAUGUCAAGUACACAACUGUUGAUGAAUACCUUAACCAGUUUGUCUAGAUUUAUUGCUAUACGAUCAUCUCUCCUUUUCAUUUCCUUGCUAGUUCGUUCCCAGUUGUAACUUGUAACCCGGUAAUGUCUUCUGUUAACUAUUUUCCUUCUCUGCACUUUGUAUUCUGACGUGGAGAAUAAUACCACAAAUGAACUUUGUACUCCUUUCCUUCUGGUGAUUUGGAACACAAGCAUUGCUCACAGAAGGCAGAAGAAAUUGCUGUAGGCAUCUUGGGCAACUGUUUUGCAUAAUAACAGUUAGUAACGAAACAACUAUGUCGAAUUUCGG